CUUCACCCUCCUUUCUUCUGUCCACUUUCUCCCUUGAACUUACCUGUUUAUGUUUAUCUCGUUCGCACUUCAGCGUUUUUUUGUUUUUUUUCCUACCUGUUAAUUCCAACCUCAAUAAUGUGGAUUCUCCUUGCAGGAUAAUCAUCUCAUUUUCAUUCAAAAUUCACGCCCUAUCUUACUUCUCCCUUGUCAGAAGGAAAGAAGGACAGGAAAAAGAAAGUGAAAAAGCGAGGAAAAGAAAAUUCUCCUUCAUAAUGUCUCAGAUGAUAGAAGACUCGUCUUCUUCAGAUGAAGGCAACAAUUUCGUCGUCGCAAUUAAUCCGUCCUUCAGCGAUGGCACUGAGUCCAGCUGGCCCACCGAAGAGGCGUGCAACAAGCCGGCGGGAAGUAAACGGGCGAGGGUGAAGCUGGCCAGGUUGUGGAUGCAGAAAAGAGGGGAAUACCAGCGAGGCGUGAAUUAUAUUCUCGACCGUCUGCCCGAUGGUUAUGCUUUGUUUGACAGGCCGCGCCAGGCGAACCCCGAAAUCCGUGAUCGUUUAAUCUUUGGCCAUCCCGUGAACCUGGUAUUCAACUCCACGAAACAGUUCUUUCCACAUUUCUACUAUCUGAUGACAGGGGGUGAGGAGCCCUGCACCUGUGAGUUAUGUUUGAAGCUGGCCAAGCGUCAAGGAGUGGAGGAUGGCUCAGUACGGCGAGGGCGUGGAAGGCUCCCAGGGAGACCUGUUGGAACGCCUACACGGACCCCAGGAAGACCCGGUCGACCACCUGGCAGACCGCCUGGGUCAAGCUCAAGUAGGCCACCUGGCAGACCACCGGGAAGACCGCCAGGAAGACCGUCGGGGAGGCCACCGGGAAGACCACCGGGAAGACCACCGGGAAGACCACCAGGAAGACCACCAGGAAGGCCGCCAGGAAGAUCGCCUGGUAGACCCCCAGGCAGGCCGCCGGGUAGGCCAGGUAGACCUCCGGGAAGGCCCAUUGGUUCAACCACAUGUCCUACAACAGAUAACGAAGGGACGCCAGACGUGUUCAAGAACGCAGUCCUGCAGCUCAAGCAACAUGGUCUACUGGAGCUGGACAUCACCGAACCUUCAAGUAUGGACUGGCGAGCAGAACGAUCUGCCCUUGAUGAACACAUUCAGAAGUUAGAUAUACAACCGUCUUUCCUGCCCCGUGCUGGGGAAGUCGUUCUCUGGACUUCUGAUUUUGAUGGAGAGCUAACUUGGAACCCCGAGCAAAGUUGUGUCCAAAUAUAUUCCCCGGGCGAAAAGCGAUGGCUAGGCACGCCCGAAUGGCGAGCUGGUAUCAUCAGCCAGGUCCCAGAGGAAGAAACCAUAUUUCAGGACAUUGUCGCGACUUCCCCGAAAGAAAUGAGUAUAAACUAUUCGGGGUUCCGUGUUGAGACUUUUCCUGACCCCCACAGCCCCGACAAGAGCUACUCUCUGCACUACAAGUACGUAUACUUGAAGUCUAUCAAACCGUUCGGUGCCUUCGAGCACUUCCUGCAAAACACUCCCCGAGAGGGUCUGCACCCGUCUAUCGAAUACGCUAUGACUAUCAUGUCGUCAUUCAGUCUGCUCGAUAAGUUUUACUUUAGAGGCGCCUGGCCUGAUGCGUCGAUUUAUUGCCGGGGGAUUUUUAUAGGCGCGGAGCUAUUGGUCGUUGGGGAUGCUGUCCGCUUGAAACCAACUUGCUAUAAUGCACAAACCAAUGAGACCAGAGACGUCACCGACAUUAUGGUCAUUGAAGAGAUUCGACUUGAACUGAAACAAUGUAACGAUGAACUCAAGUCCAAACAUUUAGCCGAGAAAUACCAGGUGCGAGUUCGAGGAAAGGUGUACACAGCUAGUCACCGGCGUGUCUAUCUAGCCAACAGUAACCUCCAGCCCACCAAACCGUUAACCCCUGACGAGGUCGUCGACGCUUUCCAUAUAGUGGGCAUGAACGGUUACGGUAAUUGGUACCACGUUCACUCCGGGGCCAGGGUGGAUGUAUCUCAGGAUAUGAUCUUAGGCCGGCUUUAUGAGCCAGAUGCGCUGCAGCUCAUGUUUGGAUCCCUUUCAUUCGGAUACGACCUACACGGAGUGGUGAGCGGACGGGAAUACUCGCGCCAGGCUGACGAACGGAUCUCAGAAGGCCGGACUUGGUUUUGGGGGGACUUUCGAACCCAAACGCUGGCAAUCGACUCGCUGAAUGGCGAGGACGUUGGUCACUACAGUGACGCGCGGAACGUCAAGAUGUGGCAGGCGAACCUCCGACUGCUCGACGGCAUAGCCAGACCGGCGGAUAUCCGGGAGGCCAAGAUCCCUGGAGAUAUCGGACAGCCGUCGGCCCAGUCACGCUCCAACUUUGCCGUGAUAGGAAAACUCAGCAAGCUCGUCAGCACGGGGCUCGGGGCCACGGAUAUGAGCAACCCGGUGAGCUCGGCCGAGGAGGGGACUAGUCGACUGUCCAUUGACAAUUACGACGAGGAAACCGAGGAGGAGGAUUUCACGCUGCAUAUUGACCAACUGCGAGGCGGGACCGAGGAGACGGAGGAGGGCGACUACAUGCCGGACCAGGAGCCGCAGAGCAAACGGGCCCGACACGAUAGUUGACUGCUAUGUAGUAUUAUGUUCUGCCGGUAAUCAAUAAGAUACCAAGCGUUGCAUGUCUCCUUUCCUAAAUGCAUAAAGGAUGAUAUAACUCAAUCGACUAGAUUCAAUCAAUACGUCUUGGCCA